AUGUCUGCUGAGUUUUUAUUAUCUCUGUUUAUUGAUAUUCGAAAUAAAGAUGGUCAAAGUAAAAUAACUUCUUCAAAAAAAUGUUCUAAAUGUUUUUUAGCAGCAUUUAAUGCAGAUGUUGAUAUCAAAUGGUUACCAACCGGGUAUCAUGUUUUAAAAAAACCUUCAAAAGACAAAUUUUGUGAUGCAACUAAAUGUAAAUUAAGCUUGUUAGAACCAGGCAAA